GUUGAGUGUUGGGGUAAGUCCUGGGGACCUCCCAGCCGGGGACCAUUUUACCCUGAAUAAGAGGUUCUCCUGGGCUAGGCCCAGAAGGUUGCCCUGCAUGCGCCUGCGGGCAGGUCAGACUGCUGGCGAAUUCCGGGCUCGGUUACGACCUCGAAAAUCCAACACAACCCCUGCUUUCCGCGCACCAGCAAGCAGCCAAGCCCUGAACUCAGUGAGGAAAAUCUCAUGGGCCCAGCCCGCACAGGCCGUUCCACCAUUUCUUAUUCCCAUCCGCCGUGGGCCAUCAAAUCAAUCCAGAUAGUAAAUAUACACGACUCCGCGGCCAUCCUAGCUCCAUCGCGCAUUGUUGCGCACUCGAGUGUCCAGAAGAUCCA